AUGACGACGUUUGAAUUGAAGAUUACAGCACCUUCAAAUGAAUAUCCAUAUGUAAAACGUUUCAGCUCAGAGAUGAAAAUUUCCGAAUUGAAGGAGAAACUACAGCUUAUUGUGGGUACGCCAAAGGAAAAUAUGAAAUUAGAAUUACGCAAUAAAUCGGGGAACCCGAUAUGUGCACUGACGGACGAACAGCAAACUCUUGCAUCUUUGAAGAUGGCUGAUGGUAUGGAGGUUUAUGUAAAAGAUAUGUUUGGAAACAGUGGACUAAACAGUUUUCCACCAGUGGAGAAAUAUGUUUUGCCUGAUGAAAAGUAUAACGAACGGGCUGAAAGUGUUCGUACAUGGAGGAAACGAGAGCAGCUUUUGUCGAAAGCAAAUAUGGAGGAAGAGUCUGAAAAAAUUGCGAAAAGUAUCAAGCAAGGGGAUCGUUGCGUUGUCCAUUUGCAAAACCAACCGUCUAAAAAUGGAACUGUUUCAUACGUUGGAACAACUCAGUUUAAGCCCGGCUGGUACUUCUCUUGUCAGGAAAAGUAUGGAGGUUUUGUACGUCCAAGAGACGUACAAGUAAUUCAGCCUGCAAAUGAUGUUGAGAUGGAGGAGAUUUGA